AUCAAUGUCGACAUGUCAAGUGAUGACUCAGACUAUGAGUACCAGGAUGAUGGUGUAUCAGACUGGGUCAGUUCCUGCCAGGUUGUCAGAGAACCAGCAGCCAGCACUGAGAGGCAGUGUGAAACCCUGCAGCUGGAGGUGUUGACUGAAUGCACAGACAACUGGCCAACAGAAAGUGGCCACAUGAGAGAUAACAGAGGGCUGGUCAACCCUCUGCAAAGGCACGGCUGGUCGGCUGCAACACAAAAGAUCCUUUCUUCAAUGCCCAGUCGCACCGUUGGGCAAAAUAGUGCUGCAGGCAUUUCUGGGUCUGCAACACACACCCCUCUGCUAAACAGGCAUCAGGCUACAUCACAAGAUUUUUCGCAUCACUCCAGACCAAACCAGGAGGACCUUGUUUUGACAGAUUUUGGAGAAAUCACUAGGGAAGAUUUGUAUUUUACAGAAAACAAGAAGGAGCAGUUGGUAUCCAGCCUUCGGGGUCUCUCUGCGGGUGACAUCGCUCGUAAGCUGCGUGACAUGCCACUAAGCCUUACAGAUAAAAUUGAACUGAGGCCACUCGCUAUUAGUGAUGUAGCUGAAAGUUCACUCACCAGACACGUUCCAUGCUUCGGCUGUUUCAGGUUUUACAUUUCAAGGACUAGGCGCCACUGCCUCUUCAGCUGCCUCCCCACCCUCAUGUCUCUCCGGUUGUGGCACUUGCCAAUGAAGCAACUGAGCGCACGUUUUGGAACUGGAGUGGUCUCCUAUUUCCUGUUUCUCCGAACCCUCCUGCUGUUUAACCUCCUCCUCUUCAUCAUCAACGGCCUUUUUCUGGUCUUCCCUCAAGCCAUCAACCCUCCUACGUAUGGCCCUCUCAACUUCGCCGGUCUUCAGCUUCUCACAGGCACGGGUUACCUCUCUAAGAGUGUGAUGUUUUAUGGCUACUACAACAACACAAGCUAUCAACUUGGUGGCCUGCUUGGUGGAUACAGCAUACCUGCAGCCUACUUCUUUACCAUUGCCAUUGCCUUCUUCAUUAUCUGCAUCAUCCUAGUGUACAGCAUUUCCAAGUCCUUUGGGAAAAGUUGUCAUUCCCUGACGUCUAAUGGGAAUAUGGCGGUAAAGGUGUUCUGCUCCUGGGACUUUAAAGUCACCAAGAAAACAUCUGUCAGAAUGCAGUCUGAGAAAAUCAGCACACAGCUCAAAGAACUGCUGUCUGAGAUGAUGCGUGGAGAAGAUCAAGAGAGCUGCACACAACGACUCUGCCACAUCCUAGUGCAUCUGUUCACAUGGGCUUUGUGUUUGGCCAGCAUCGUCUUGAGCGCUAUGGCAGUCUAUCAUCUGCCAAAGGUUAGAUUUAAAAUGUCAGCAAAAGAAACUGAGCUGCUGCUCUCUGCGGUAGUGUCGGCCAUUAACCUGUUGCUCCCUGGCCUCUUCAACCUAUGCACUUGGCUAGAGGAUCAUAACUCACCCAAUGUUCGUGUUUAUGUCUCCAUCUUCAGGAACUUGUUGUUGAAAACCAGUAUAGUUGGAGUGCUGUUUUAUCGCUGGCACAAAAUUGCAGAGGAACCAAAAAAGUGUUGGGAGAGCCUUGUGGGACAAGAGCUAUAUCGCUUGCUGGUGAUGGACUUUAUCUUCACAGUGCUUUACACUUUUUUGGGAGAGUUCCUGUGGAGGCUCUUUUACAAGCAUGUGUUGAAAAGGAACAGGAAGCCAGUGUUUGACAUUGCUCGUAAUGUGCUGGAGCUCAUAUAUGGGCAAACCCUCACUUGGCUUGGGGUCCUGUUCGCUCCAUUGCUUCCUGCCGUCCAGAUUGCAAAACUAUUUGUUCUGUUUUACAUGAAGAAGGGCAGUCUGUUACUCAACUGUCAGGCCUCCAAAAAGCCCUGGAGGGCCACUCAGAUGACAACACUAUUCAUCUCUCUUUUGUUGUUCCCCUCAUUUCUUGGUGCUGCUGUGCCUGUCGCAUAUACAGUUUGGAAGAUUAGACCCUCAACAGACUGCGGCCCUUUCAGGAAUCUUACCACAAUGAUUAUGGCAGUGGAGGAGUGGGCCACAAAGGGGAAGGACACGGACCUAUCAUGGCUCAUCCAGACCACUACCUAUCUUGUAGAACACCCAAUAUUCCUAUUCCUCGCCAGUGGAAUUCUUCUAAUGGUGAUAUACAUUCAUGCUCAAGUUGUCGAUGGCCACAGGAAAAUCAUCAGUUUGUUAGAGAAGCAAGUUGAAAAUGAGGGUAAGGACAAAAAGUUCCUCAUCACCAAACUGCAAGACCUUCAUGAGCAGAGUGGUCCGGUUUCCCCUCGUAGAUAAGUCUGUGGCUGAUUAGCAUUGAUAUUAUCAUCAUUACUAAGAUGGUUGUCGGCACCAUCAGGAAUGUCACAACCUAAAUCACUGGAUAUUAUUAGAAUUAAAUAUUGUAGUUAUUUGUUUUAGAAUCAACGUUAAAUAUAAAAAUAAUAGUUGUGUAGGACUUUGAAUGCGUUGUAUUAAAAGAUGUUUAGGUGAGAAUAAUGUUUUUUUUUAACGUUUCUAUAGUUGAGCUUUUGUAAUUUUAUUGUAAAAAUGUGACCUGCCAGUGCAUGUAUCUGUAACAUUACUGUAUACUAUGUUCAUCCUGCAAAAUGUGAAAUAAUGGACCAACACAAAUUAGAGAUACAGCUGUCAAGACAGGCAC